AUGCGGGAAGUCAACUUCAGCAUCCCCAAUGUGAACAAGGCCUCGGUCAACAUCACCACCACCCUCUAUGACCGUCGUGCCCUUGAUUGCACAUCGACCCUCCCCCUCAUCAACUCCCUCAACCACCUAGCUUACCUCACAACCUCGUCGGCAAGGAUUAGGGACAUCUUGACCGUCGAUGGCGGCAUCGAAAGACUCGUGUGCAUCCUGAAGGAGGGCAGGAGCAAGGAUUUGAUGGAAAUGUGGAAAUGGAGUCUCGCCUUUCAGUGUGUUGUCAACAUCGGAGUACGAGGCUCGGAAAGUGUGCGCACCAGAGUGGUCGAGGCCGACAUGGUCCCCGUGAUUGCCACUAUUCUGGACAACUACAUCAAGGUGGUGGACAAAGUGCGAUCGCGCGCCGAGCCCGACUCGCAAAAACAUGCCUCGAGUCGCCAGGCUGUCAAGCCCAGCUCUUCUAGCCGCGAGGCCCCCGAACGGACUGCCCCCGUGGAAUCGGGCAGCCACGCCGAAGCCCGCCCCUCCUCUCGCCGACAGGCCCCUCCCCCAAGCAUCGAAAUCCCCCAGCCUUACUACCAAGAUAACCAACCGACCGACUCCGAUGCAAUGGACAUCACUUCCCCUCCCCGUGCACCCAUGACAUCACCCCCCGAACGAAGCACCUUCCGACAGGAUGUCCACAACCACCGAGCCCACGAUGGCCGGUUUUCUCGGACGAGCCAUCGCUUGCGAGCGAUGCAACCCCUGGCCACCGCCGUUCCCCCGAUCGACACCGCCGAAACCUUUGGUCUACGACCCGUGCGUGAUGCCGAGCGCCUCCCAAGCAUGCUGCCUGGGCUGCAAACUGGUAUCAUCUCGCAACCCGACUCUCCGACGACACCCAGUGGACCCAUUCAGUCCCGAAGCAUUCCUCAAGCGGCACCCGCUCGGCAACGGCCCGCAAUUCGGCAGCAACCGUCGGCCUCGGGUGAAUCGGACGAUGCGAAUGGUGAGGACUCGACCAUGGGAGAUGAUACUGUUUUGGGGCAGAAUCCAGAUCCCAUCGUUGGACUGCCUAACCGAAUGGAGAUCGACGGUGUCGAUGAACAACAGACAACCAUGAUUGACGAUGUCUCUCCUGCACAUGGCCUGACAGUGACCGAUCCUUCGGAAGAGGGCCAGGAUGCAGAGACCUUCAACAUUGCCCAUCGGUCUGCCGUCGAUGGCAGCAUCAUCAACAAUAACGGCACCACGCAACCCAAUGGCGGGCUGGGUCUUUCGCCCACCCAGGCUCCGAACAACCCCAACUCCCCAACUCUUGCCCCUAGCCCCUAUGCCAUGUACCUGCGCGAUCGAAACACACCUGCGACUCAGAGCGUCCUGACCACUAUGCCUCGGGAUGAGGAUGUCCUGAUGUCACUGCAGCUCUUGGCUUAUGUAUCCAAGUACUGUAAUCUGAGGUCGUAUUUCCAGCGCUCUCACCUCGUGCCAAAACUGAAGAUCGACCGGGAAUUGCAUCUUCUUGAUGAAAAUGCAGACCCGUCUUCUCCUGUUGAGGUUGAGGAGGAGGACGAGUAUCUGCUGCCCGACGAUGUUAAUAUCUUCCCACUGGUUGAGAAGUUCACCGUUCGGCACCACUCGAAGGACAUGCAGUACUGGGCCUGCGUCGUCAUGAGAAAUCUCUGCCGCAAGGACGAGUCGCGAGGCGGCAUCCGUCAAUGUGCGUACUACAAGUGCGGCAAGUGGGAAGAGUUCCAGCGCCAGUUCGCCAAAUGCCGUCGCUGCCGUCGCACCAAGUAUUGCAGCAAAGACUGCCAAAAGGCCGCGUGGGUCUACCACCGCCACUGGUGCCAUACUACUCCUUGA